AGAAGAAGAAGAAGAAAACGUCAUCUUUAUGCGCAACGAAGUCGGAACUUGGUUUGAACCUGAACCGAUUUUUAAAAAUGGUUUAUCAGACAUGCAACAAAGGUACAAUGCGGUAGAUUUGUGCGUGGUCAUCUUCAUUGUACGUUUGUUAAACAAAGGAAGCGAUAAGUUAAAGGUAAGUUAUAGCAAUAUGGUAGACACGGAGAAGAUUCCCCCAGGAGUUAAUGCCGCCUGUGCAAACCUCAGCGUGAAGAAAGAGAACGAGAAAAAGAAGAGAUCUCGCGUGAAACAGCUACUAGCUGAUGUGAAGAAGCAGGUGGAAUUUUGGUUUAGUGAUGUGAAUCUCCACAAGGACAAAUUCAUGAAAAAUAUAAUUGAACAGUCACGAGAUGGAUAUAUUGACAUAUCUGUGUUAACGUCAUUCAACCGAAUGAAAAAAUUUACUACGGAUGUAAAAUUGAUUGCCAGAGCUCUUAAAAAUUCACCAGUAGUAGAGGUAAAUCUUGAAGGAACACAUGUACGACGAAAGGAUCCACUUGGUGAAAGCCCAAAAGAUGUGGACAGCCGUACAGUUUAUGUGGAGCUGUUGCCAAAGAUGGUCACUCAUGUUUGGCUGGAGCGAGUGUUUAGUAAGUGUGGAAAUGUGGUUUAUGUUAGUAUCCCCAGGUACAAGUCCACAGGACAUUCCAAAGGGUUUGGAUUUGUGGAGUUUGAGACAGAAGAACAAGCGCAGAAAGCUAUUGAGAUGCUGAACAAUCCUCCAGAAGAUGCUCCAAGUAAGCCAGGAAUCUUCCCUAAGACUUGUAAGAAAAAGACUAUCCCCUUUGAUGCUGCCCAGGAUAUACAAGAUGAUGAAGAGGAUGGCAAGAAAAAGAAGAGAAAAAAAAGGUCUCGAAGUGAGCUUAAAAACAGUGCUGUUCAAGAAAUAGCAGUAAAUAAGAUGGAGAGUGGAGCGUUCAACACUGCGUGCCGAACCGAAGAACCGAAGAAACAAUCAGCAGAUGAAUCUAAAAUGGAAAACCCCGUAAUACUGACGAGCACAGCAAAUAAGAAAACUCAGAAGAAAAGACAAAGAUCCUGCAGUUUUGAGGCAUCAACUGGAGAUGGACAAGAUGAGAUGCCAUCCAAAAUGAGAAAAGUAGAAGAGGAAAAUGAGGAGGGAGAGAUGAAAGAUUUAUCAUCUGAGAGCAAGAAUGAAGAACAGUUAGACUAUGAGAAGAAAGAUGAUUCUGUUUUGAAGGCCAAGAGGAAGAGAAAGAAGAAGCUCAAGGAUAGAUUGAAAAUAGGGGAAGAGGUCAACCCGCUUAGAGUCCUCUCAAAGAAAGAGUGGUUGGACCUGAAGCAGGAGUAUCUGACACUGCAGAAGCACUGCAUGGCCCAUCUGAAGCAGUCAGUCUCUCAGAUCAACCUGACGUCGGUGAAUUGUGACAUUGCACAGACUAAAGAUAAAAACAAUGCUUCUUGUAAGGAUACAACUAAGAAAGAGCCCUCUUCUGGCCCCAAGUUUGUCAGUGGAGUCAUUGUCAAGAUUAACUAUAACCAGCCCCUGCCAAGCAAGAGGUACAUCAAGGUACAGUGAUAAAUUAUUUUAACUUA